UAUUCAUAUUGUAUGCCAAUGAAGAGGACGGACACAAUAUUUUCCAACAAAUAUACUCACAAAAUAUGACUGAUUCAGGGUAUGUAUGGCUGGUCAGUGAACAAGCCAUGGAGGCGCCCAAUAGACCCGACGGAGUGUUGUCUUUAAGAUUAAAUUCGCUGAACGAGAGCGCAAUGAUUCGUGACUCCGUCCAAGUGCUGACAAAUGCAUUGAAAGAGAUGUAUGAAAACGAUAACAUAACAGUUCCGCCCACCGAUUGUGGCAAGAUUUCGACCAACAAAUGGGAAUCGGGAAUAAAAUUUUUCAAAUACUUAAAAAACCAGACUUUUAAUGGAGAGACCGGAAGAAUCGCUUUCGACGAAUUUGGAGACAGACUUCUCAGCGAUUAUGAUAUCGUGAACAUCAUAGAGGGAAAGGAGACAACAGUUGGCACCUACUCUUUCUCUAAGAAUAAUAUGAAAAUGGAGUUACAUUUAAACGAAGACCAAAUUGUUUGGCCCGACAACGAACGUACCAAACCAUUGGGCUAUAUAAUUCCAAAACAUUUAAGAGUCUUCACUUUGGCUGAGAAGCCAUUCGUUUGGGUGAAGCCAACCAUUAGAGACAGUAUUUGCAAAACUGGACAAAAACUUUGUCCAAAAUAUAACACAACAGUUAAGAAAUAUUUAGAUGAAUGCUGUGAAGGAUAUUGUAUUGACUUAAUGGAAGAGUUGGCUAAAAGAUUGAACUUUACCUAUGAUUUGGAACAAGUAGAAGAUGGACAGUACGGGACAUAUAAUUUCAUAAACGGAUCCAGGAUAUGGAGUGGACUCGUAGGUGAGGUGCCAUCAAAUCAAAUUGGAUACCACUUAUUAAAUAUGUGCUCAUUUUCAGGAGAAUUAGUCUAUAGAAGAGGAGAUAUGGUGGCCGCGCCCCUCACCGCAAAUCCCGAGAGGGGACAAGUUAUUGACUUUUCCAAGCCUUUCAAAUACGAGGGAAUCACUAUUCUUCAAAAAAGACAGCCCCGGAAGGCAGCGUUGGCCUCAUUCUUACAGCCCUUUGAGAACACUCUUUGGUUCUUAGUGUUAGUGUCCGUACAUGUGGUGGCACUGGCCCUCUAUCUUCUCGACCGAUUCAGUCCAUUCGGUGGCUUUAAAAUGGCAGAUGUCGUGCCGUCAGAUGAAGGUGCUCUCAACCUGUCCAGUGCUAUCUGGUUCUCAUGGGGUGUUCUAUUGAACAGUGGAAUCGGCGAAAGAACUCCAAGAAGUUUCAGCGCUCGUGUAUUGGGAAUGGUUUGGGCUGGUUUUGCGAUGAUAGUGGUCGCCUCAUAUACUGCUAAUUUAGCCGCUUAUCUGGUGCUCAAUCCACGGGACGACCAGGCUGCUGUCUCUGGCAUUGAGGACUCUCGGCUCAGGAAUCCGACCGAAAACUUCACUUUUGCAACCGUAAAGGGAAGUGCUGUCGAUAUGUUCUUCAGAAGUCAAGUCCAUCUCUUUAAUGCCUACCGAACUAUGGAAGAGACGAAUAGACAAAGUCCUGAAGAGGCCAUCGCAGCCAUUAAGUUAGGUUUGUUCAGACAUUCAUAU